AAAUUAGCAUAUAGCAUUUAUAUAUGUUUAGAAUUUGGGCUCAAACAAGAGACCUCACAUUCUAGAUAUUCUUUUUUCUUCUUUCUUUUUGGGUUCUUCACAAAAGAAUCAAGAAGAUGAAGUCAUCAUCGACCUUGCUCACAAGCUUGAACCAGAGACAGCCAUCUUCAUCUCCGACAAGAAAACAACCGAAGCAGAAGAGGAAAGCCACGACGACUAACGAUAACAAACCCAUCAAAGUCCGUUACAUAUCGAAUCCUAUGAGAGUAGAGACUUGCCCUUCUAAGUUCAGAGAGCUUGUUCAAGAACUCACCGGUCAAGACGCCGCCGAUCUACCUCAGGAGGCCACCACUUACGCCGCGGCAGAUCCUCAACAGGUGGAGAUGAAUCCUGAGCCUUUGGAAGAAGGGAUCCGUGAGUACUACUCACCGUUGGAUGAGGAAGUGUUCAAUGCUCCUCAAAUGUCGGCGGGUCUGUCUGCGUUUUUCUCGUCUGGAUUUUACAAUGUGAAUGCCUUAGGGAGCAUUGGCUCUCUCUAAAAAUCUUAUAUUUUUUUCUAAAAAAAAUGGUGUCACAUCGAUCAGAAGAAGAAAUCGAUCGUCUUAUAGUUUAGGGUUUCGUCGAUACCUAUAUAUAUGGAUGUAUAACAUAUGGAGUUCUGAGUGUUACAAAGAAAAAAAACAUAUGGAGUUCUGUUUUUUUUUUUCAUUUGGUUUGCGGCGAAUUAUUUGUGUUUGUGAGUAAAUAAAAUCGUGUUUUGUUGGGUGGUAAUAA